AUGGGCCACGACGCGCUUGAGUACUCUCGGAGCGGCCUUGGGACAGCGCCAUCGUUGUCACGAACAAGCUCACCAACGUUGCUGCUAUCACUAUACGCUUCGCUCAUUCUCACAAGCAUGGAUCGUGUGGCGAGCGCACGCCUGGCCGGGGACCGGCGAACUUGCGAACUGGAUGACGGACAAGAUGGAUGGGUACAACUACAAGGAGGACUCCAGACACGCUCGCGGUUAUACGCAUUCCUCAACUCCAAGCACAUCGACGGCUACACGACGACAACCCGCACCCUCUGCGACGCCGCAGCCAGCCCUCUCGAGCUCUCAUGUGCCACUUCCGCCCUGCUGCCGAAGACCCUACCUCACAGUCUCGCGCCGUCAGCGACUCGGCCAUAUUGGUUGGGCAGCGUGCGACGGAUGUGGAACUACGCUAGUUUCAUCGGCUUCGGACGCGACUCACAAGGAGGUCGUGGUGUUGGUGAAGUUGUGGGCCAGAUGUUUAUCAGAAUAGGAUGUCGCGGUUGA